GAUUGGUUGCAUUUCAGAAUUUUUUCUUUCUUGUUGAGUUCUCAUAAAAUCAAGUAAAAGUAGAAUCGCCAUUAUCGUUUUGUUCACCGGUGGUCUGGGUGUGUUUUGUGAUUGGUGGCAAGUGACAGUUGACCAAAAAACAAAACGUGGAAAUUCAGCUGUACAAUGUACAGCAACAGUUUUGCCAAUCAAAUGUACCGGGGGGCUAACCGGGAGCAGAUGGGGUCUAAGAAUAGGUACUGGAGGAGCCAGCAGGCUCAGAGCGAAGUAGUGGACCAGAAGCCCGGGAGCAAGGGCAGGCAGCCGGGCGAGAACCUCAGGAAGCCCCACUGGGACUCGGGCAGUCUGCAGCCGUUCCUCAAGAACUUUUACGUUCCGCACGCAAACAUUCUCGGCAGGUCGGUGGAGGAGAUAGACAAGUACCGGAACAGCAAGGCCAUCACCGUCAAGGGAAACAACGUCCCUCAUCCGAACCAGUUCUUCGAGGAGGGCAACUUCCCGGACUACGUGAUGCAGGAGAUCCUGAAGCAGGGGUUCGCGGAGCCCACGGCCAUCCAGGCCCAGAGCUGGCCCAUCGUGCUGAGCGGGCGCGACCUGGUGGGCAUCGCGCAGACGGGCUCAGGCAAGACGCUGGCCUACGUGCUGCCCGCCACGGUGCACAUCAACAACCAGCAGCGUCUCGGCUGGGGCGAGGGCCCCAUCGUGCUGAUCCUGGCGCCCACGCGCGAGCUGGCCCAGCAGAUACAGACCGUGGCGCGGGACUUCGGCUCCUCCUCGCUCAUCCGCAACACCUGCGUCUUCGGCGGCGCCCCCAAGGGCCCGCAGGCCAGAGACCUGGAGCGUGGUGUGGAGAUCGUAAUUGCGACUCCUGGACGGCUGAUUGAUUUCCUGGAGAGAGGCAUUACUAAUCUCCGGCGCUGCACCUACUUGGUCCUGGACGAAGCAGACAGAAUGCUGGAUAUGGGUUUCGAACCACAGAUUCGCAAAAUUAUCGAGCAGAUUCGGCCCGAUCGCCAGGUGCUGAUGUGGUCGGCGACGUGGCCCAAGGAAGUGCAGGCUCUCGCCGAAGACUUUUUGACAGAUUACAUUCAGGUAAACAUUGGGUCACUGCAACUUGCUGCCAAUCAUAACAUCAUUCAGAUUGUGGACGUGUGUCAAGAACACGAGAAGGAGGAGAAGCUGUCGAAACUUCUCAGAGAAAUUGGAGCAGACAAGGGGAAUAAAACGAUAAUCUUCGUAGAAACAAAGAAGAAAGUUGAUGACAUCACCAAGGCAAUUCGUCGUGAAGGCAGUUUUCCAGCAAUCAGCAUUCAUGGUGACAAAUCUCAACCAGAGAGAGAUUAUGUUCUCACAGAUUUUAGAAAUGGCAAGUCAUCUAUCCUGGUUGCAACAGAUGUAGCAGCAAGAGGUCUUGAUGUUGAGGAUGUGAAGUAUGUCAUCAACUUUGACUACCCAAACACAUCAGAAGAUUACAUCCAUCGCAUUGGACGCACUGGGCGUUGCAAUUUGACAGGAACAGCCUAUGCAUUCUUCACGCCAAACAACGCGCGCCAGGCCAAAGACUUGAUAGCAGUGCUGGAAGAAGCUGAGCAGAAGAUAAAUCCCAAACUGGUUGAAAUGGCUAACUUGGCUAAGAACUCUUUUGGAGGCCGUAACCGCUGGAACAGCCGCAACAAGGAGGGCGGCAGCGGGCAGGCGCACGCGAAGGCCAGCGGCUCGCCCACCUGGAGCCAGGGCUCGCAGGGCGCGCGCUUCGCGGGCGUGAACGGCAGCGUGCGCGGCCAGGAGGCGUACAGGGGCGGCGGCAGCGGCGGGGGGUACCACUACGGCCAGCAGGGCGGCUACCAGCAGCAGGGAGGCUACGGCCAGCAGGGCGGCCACUACCAGCAGCAGGGGGGCAGUCCCGCGGGGCGCGCCUACGCCGGCCAGGGCAUGGGGGGAGGCUACCAGGGCCACCAGGGCCACCAGGGCCACCAGGGCCAGAGGUUCAACAGGGGCAACCAGGGCUACGCGGGGGGUGGCAGCGGGGGCUCUGCCCAGCAGCACUCGCCACACCACGGCAUGUACUCGGUGCCGCCGCCCUUCGUGCUGCAGCCGACCACCGAGGCCAGCAUGCAGAGCAUCCUCAACAGCAAGUUCUUCCAGUCGAGCCGCCCGCCGCCGACCAACCCCUGUGCCUACCAGAACAUGGCCGCCAACCCCUUCGGGCAGUACCACCAGCCGGUGCCGCCGUAUGCCUACGGCUACGGCCAGCCCGCGGCCGUACAACAGUAAGCCCCCGACCCAGCCUCCCCUUGCUGCGGCCUCAACAGCGGUCGUCUCUGCUUGCCUGCGUGUAUCGUUUGGUUCUUUCUUUCAUUACUCAUUCGUGUAGCUUGUAGUUUCCUAAAUAUCUAUCUUUCAUUUUUUCAUUAUGGAAAUUCGUACUGUAGUGAGCAUUCACUUGCAUUAUAUAUACAUAACCAUAAUUAUAUUGGUGUGGGAGUUGAACUUCCUCUGUGUUUAUUUUUUUUUCAUAGAAUUCCUGUUCAGAUGACCACAUUCCACUGUUUUCAUUUCUCGUCGAUUAACUGUUUGUAGGAUUACAUAAUAUUUCUGUAUGCUGUUGAGAUGCACGAAACGUUCAGAAGGGGGGGUGGGUUGGGGGCAAACACCUUGUUUUAUGUAAUAGUAAUUAAUGUAUAAGGCCACAUCCUGGUACUAGCAAAGAACACAGAUAUUUGUAUAAUAAUGUACAUAGGAAUGAGAAAAUUUUUAUAUACAUUUUGAAUUCGAGGAAGGGCGUCAUCCUUCUUGGAAAUGUAUAUCUUUCUGACUCGAAUGAGCUCUGGGUUCUUUGCAGCACCACGUAUGAUAUCUUAAAAAAAGCGUCAUCGGAAAUUAUCUGAAGCGCUACGAUUAUUUAUUUGUUCCAUGUGCUGCAUGCGGUGACAAUGCUUUAGUAUUGUUGAGUUUUGUAUUUUUUACUGAAAAGUUUGUCUUUUGAUGUUCCUUAACCCCCUACAAAGAUCUGUCCACCGUCAAGGGUCGUGUACAUAGUAGUUUUAAAAGAAAUUCAAAAUAAUGUGUGUAAAUUUUACGAACCAAACCUUACGGUUUGAAAUUCACACACUUGUACUGUGAUAUAUACGUAUUAUAUAGAAUAUUUAUAACAUUAAGUUGCAGUGUCCAAGAGAAAGGUCGGUAGAACCAUCCUAACAACGAUGCACAGUAUUCUCAUAAGGAUAGGAAUAAUUGCGUAGUUUUAUAGCGUGUGAUAUUUUUCUUAAGACUGACUGUAAUUGUAUUUGUAUUCUGCAUCUUCAAAAGAUGUGCGGAAGUUAACAACACUUCACUCGGCAUGUUUUCAAAAUGAAACUGAUUUUUUUAUUAUUGUGUUGAUAGUUUCUGUUAUGUUUGUAAUUGUGAGUGAAAUUUGCUGGGUGGACAAUUGUAUUAGUUUAUAAUUUUUUGUGUACGUUAAUGGUUUUUAGAGAUGCGGAUAGACGAUCUCUCUGCCAACCUUUCUCAUGGUAGUGGCAAGCAUUUCAACUGGAGUACAGUCUGCUAAAGGUUGUCAGUGAGCAGUGAGCGUGUGCCUACGGGGCACAGUGUUCAACACUUCAGUAUGUAGAUAGAUUAUUUUACUAAAUUGGCAGUGCGACUGCUGGUUUCUGACCACGAGCAUAGUAAUUGCGACCCUUGUGAAAGUGAUAGAUUAAUGCAUCUUCCCGGGAGUCGAGGAAGUAGCCGACUCUUCUGUAGGUUUCCUUAAAGUGCAUUUCUCGUAUGUAAUACAGUAUUAUGAAGAACUGUGUAAGGCAGUGUGUUGUAUUGUGUAAAAAAUCUUUCAGACUUGGAAUUGGAAGAUAUUUCUCAUUUCAAGAAACUGGCUUAUUUUGUAUACAGCAUUGAAAUGUGACGUAAUUCCAUUGAGAGUUAAUACAAAUUUCUGGUUUUAGUGAGAUGCUAUUUAGUUUUGGAUUAAAAUAUUGCUAGUAACCUUUCUGCUUGGUGUGAAUGCGAAAUAAAUUAGAAAAAGUUAUUAGGAAGUCAGGUAUAUACCGGUAAGUCUGACAGGUUUAUUUUGUUCUUGGUGUGUACUAGUUCUUAUCUAUUUAAAUGUGUACUUUGUCUUAAGUUUCUUGACAUUUUGUAAUGAAUGUAAUUUUGGCUUGAAUUUUAAAAAUUCAAAUUCGUGCAAACUAUGCAGUUUGGAAGUAUAUUACAAAUACUUGAAUAAUAAAUCAUACCUAAUUAUAAUGUGUUAUUUAUUUUCUUAAGGUCAUGUAACUUCUCAUUUGCUUGGUGUUUGUAAUGCAGUUGUUAAAUGUGUGUCCAUGCUUUUGGGUUUUUUUUUUUUUUUUGGAGGGGUUUGUUUUUAAAUUGUAUUGCUUAAUUAUGUUUUGAGUAGUAUGAGCAUCUAAAUUGUAAAAUAUUUAAUUAGUGUUUUGUGCACUUACUUCAAGUAAAACAUGUUGAAGAUUGCAAAUAUAA